UAUCAACUGCGACGGUAGUAGAGGCUCCACCGUCCAUAAUAAGUCCGUCGGUUUCUAUAUCCUCUCCUGCUACAACCUCUAGCAAGUCAGUGAGUACGCAUCAACAGGAAAGGGGAAUGACUUCUGUUACUCACGGACCGUCAAAAGACGAAACAAUGGGAGUCUCAGAUACGCUAAUUGGAAAUAUUAAUAAGCAACAAAAUUCUAAAAAGAAACAAAAGACAAUUAUUAGAUCUGCUGGGGGGGAGAUUUGGGAAGAUCCGACGCUGUUAGAAUGGGACUUGAAUGAUUUUCGCUUAUUCUGCGGUGAUCUGGGUAAUGAAGUUACUGACGAAGUUUUGUACAAAGCAUUUAGUCGAUAUUCAUCAAUACAAAAGGCUAAGGUCGUUCGCGAUAAGCGUACAGGUAAAAGUAAAGGGUAUGGAUUUGUCAGCUUCAAGGAUGCAGAUGAAUUCGUCAAAGCGUGGAAAGAAAUGAACG